CCGUAGAUCGUAGACAUUUGAGCCCAAUCGAUCCCGGGCCGCUAUUCGUGAUCCGACAGUCGUCUGGCGUGAACUGUCCUUCAAGUUAUAUAAAACCAAAAAUUCAAAAUUGAAUUGAUUCAACGAAUCUAAAAAGUGCCCUGAAGCAACAACGGAAGAAAAGCACCGAAGGAAGGAGCAAAACCGUAAAGCAGAAACCUCAUCAGCAGAGUAGUUCCAGAUUAGUAUUCAGAAUGCACUUAUCCAAAACAGCACACAUAACAGUAGUUCUCUGUCUGGUGGUCACACUCGGCAGCUUAGCCUUGUCACAGGACGACCAGCAGAAAAACGGUAACCGGAACAAUCUGCUCCUGAGGCGAGGCAACGUUGGCCGACAGAAUCCGCUGGCAAAAACCACAACCACGACGCCACCCCCGGAAUACGCCGAAGACGAAUACGUGGACGAGGACGGCGAACGGUACGAAGGAGAGGAAGAGGAGGGCGGAGCUCCUGCUCGGCCAGCUUCCACCACCACUACUACCACCACCGAAUCGCCCAAGAAGAUCCGGCCGAGCGUUCGUCCCUUCCGCAGCAACGAUGACCUUCUUUCGGCACUGAAGAAACGCCGCCAAGAAUAUCAAAGCCACAAACCAGCCCCUGUCCAGAAGGACCGUUCCUAUGACGACGAAGACAUUCCCGCACCGGCCCCAGCCAAAGCAGCCAAGACCCCAGUUACCGGUAAAAUUGCAGAUAAUGUUGUUUUUGCAUUAACGAAACUGCCCAAGGGACGUCGUUUCGGCCCGGCCCGGAAAGAAUCCGAACAGAACGCGUCACCGUCGGAGCAGAACGAGCAGCAAAACAACGGUGCGAGUGAGAAUGCGGGAGCCAAAUCGCUCACCAGCCGCCUCGGACGGUCGCGAUUCGCUCUGAAACAAUAGACGGAUAUAGAGGGAGAAGAGCGAAGAAGUUAGGAAAAAAGAAAGAAAGAGAGCGCGGUGCUUACCUGUGUAUUAGAGUUAGGGUUUAGCUUCUUGUCUUUUGCUAGAAUUGUUCCAUAAUAAUAAAUUCAUACAGAACUGCCGCCGUGAUUGAGCGUUAACUAUCGAAACUCGAAUCCAUACAGCUGCAGCAAGGUGCAUUUGAUUUUUUUAAACAUCAUAUAAUUUUAUUUUUGAGAAUCGAAACUUUUACUUGUUGCUCGUGUAAGCAAUAUCAGAUGUAAAUUAUGGAGUAAGAAUAUGUAGAAGUGUUGUACAAUACGUGAUUUGUGAUGACAAUCAAAUGUUCAUUAGAAAAGUGUUAAAAUAAAUUUUGUAAUAAUACGAAA